UUAAAUCUGGUUAUAUCAGCAUCUAUCAGCUGUUCAAUAUAAUCUGAAUUAUUGACCUCGUCUCGUCUCUCAUCGCGUGCUGGUAGUGCUGUACGAACGUACAACGAAUAACGAAUACAAGUUCGUUUAUCUCCGGUUUAUUUUUUGCCAGUUGCUUUUAACGUUGUUCGAUGCGGUGUGGUAAAUAGAAUUCUAUAGUUUGUAGUGGGUUCUUUUUUUAAAUUUUUCUAUCAAUGUUUAUUAAUUAAUGUAAUUUAAAUGAACGGCAAAAGUUGUACUUAUUUGAUACUGGUAGUUCGGUGAUUUGAUAAUUUUUUCCUCGAAAUGUGAGUUCAUUUAAUUGGAAUCGUAAUGCUGUAUUGAGAAUAUAAUAUUGUCUUGGAUUUUUCCUUUGCCGGACUCAAGAUUGUAAUACCUAUAUUACUACAGAUAACGUGUCACCGAUUAGUUACCCUCCAUGUUACCAGAACUUGAAAAGGGUAUACCUAAACCCCUGAAAAAACGUUACCGAGAUUUAUUCGAAGAUGAUGGAAAUCCGCCGAAUAUUGUUGUACCGAAUGAAUCCGCAAAUACGAUCGAAACGUUGGCGUACGCCGACGCUAGUCAUCACAUUCCAGAUAGAAAAGAGAAUAUAAAUUAUCAGCAACUCCAUAUGCCUACGAAUCUGUAUCGUAAAUCUGUGAUAAAUCGCUCAAUUAAGGAACAUAUCAGUAUUAUCGAUAUAGAACAAAUGACACCGAAAUUAGCAGAUUCGGCAGAUGCGCCUACUAAGCGAGAAGACGAAGCGAAAUUUCACCUAGAGACUGACGAAAAUCAAACUUCGCAUUUCGUUUAUUUGUCAAAUAAUUACCUAAUCAAUUCGCCAGAGGUGCAAUUCGUGGGCAAAUUGAAAGUAAAGUGGCGGGAGAAGUAUGAAAAUUUGGGCGAUAUAGCUGAUAUAAAUGGCAUAAAUUUAAACGAUUGUAAUGUCAAUAUAUUAGAUAAUUUCAACGGCUACGGAUACGUUAAAAGCAACGAAAACAGUAAGCCUGCCAGUAAUCAUAGUAAUAAAUGUAUAAAAGCUCCAACUCGCCAGACUACGCGUCUCCAAAUGAGCACUGCCGUCGCCGAUGCGGAAGAUAGGAUCAGUGAUAGUGAGAAAAUUACUGAUGACCAAUCCAAAGAUGUUCCUGUUGUGCGGAAAAUGGAAAGGGCCAGAAAAGGACUGAUAUAUCAAAAAUUCAUGGCCGACACGUACUCGUGGAAUAAGAAAGAGAAAAGCAGCAGUUCAAAAAGUACCACCGAAGUAACGCAAACGCAACCUCGAAAAAGAGGUCGUCCCAGGACUAGGAUUCCUGAAGAUGUUAAACGUCCUAAAGAUCCUGAAUUUAAUGCUAGCGAAUCUACCGUUACUAUUAUGAGGUUGGAAAGGAAAAAGAAUAGCAAUACGUUGAAAUACACCGUCGUCGAACGCAAAAAUUCUAAGAAAUCUUCUUUCGUUGAAAAGAAAACGUCAUAAAAUGAUGAGCAGAUUUAAAAUUUGCGAUCGUUCUGGCUAUAUGCUCCUUACACGGAUCUAGUAAUUUAUUUCAAAUAUUUAAAUUAGGUAUAUUUCAUAUUUUAUAAGUCCAUUUGGUCUCGCAUUUCGGAAAUAUUUUCGUUUCCUCUCUUUUGUAAAUAAACUUUCAAUAAGUUAGAUAUGUAUUCGUUUGUUUGUUUUUUUUAUACUAUGAAAUUUUAACGAUAUAAAAAUCAUGCGUGCGGGAAACCUGUAAGAGAAAGAGAUGUAUUUAUUUUUAUGGUGUGUAAUGAUAGUUAUUUUUCGAGAUAAAUAUCGAUUCCUUUGUACUGAUUGAAUUUUGUCCUGGGCGACGUAUUUAUGUCAUAAGCAUUUAUUAAUACCUAUUAUUCGCGUGAAGUCUUAUAUGUUUUCAUUUUUUUUUUUUUUUUAAUAUACGAGAUAUUUUUUAUAAGGAUGAUAACGCGAAUAACCCAAUUGAAUGAAAAAUUUAUCGUGUUUGAUUUGACCGUUUUUAUUUAUUUUUAAAAUUUAAGUUAGAAAUUUUAUUGUGAUAUUUUUACGUUUUCAAUUAAAUCAGCGGAUUUUUAUUUAAUUGAAGAAAUGUUUUAUUUUGUGUUAUGUUUUGUUCGCUUCAUCUGCUUGAUUUCUUUUACGAUUGUGGACCUUUGAAUCCGAAUUUAUUCGAAGUUUAUUUAAAUAUCGCAUUUGUUGAUAUCUUACGGCUGUGGUUUCGAAUACAUACUUCUUGGUAGGCUAUGUAAAGUUUUCUUAAUUUGUUAAAUUUAAUUUUUCUUACUUCGAGGCGUAUUUUUUGUCUUUAUAUUUGAAAUAUUAUUUUAUAGAACGUGUUUAAUGUUCAUUUGUUACAAAUUAUUGAUAAUAUUGCCAGGACGCAUCGCCGAAAUUUGUAGCCUAUAUAUAAAUGUUGGUUAUUCUUGACGAAAAGAAGAGCAAAAGAAAGAAACAAGCAAAUGUUUUGUGUGAACAACUGCAUCAAUUUGUGACAAAAUUUUGCGUCAAUAUUUACAAUAAUAUGAAAAUCUACAAGGCUAAGGCUAUGAUUCAUAGUCGAGAAAAAUUUUCUAAAUCUGUGAGACGAUUCUGGAUUAUGAGUAGGUAGUAGAGUUGUGUCGAAAAUUAAGCAUCAGUUUAUGAGACGAAGCAAUUGCUUGAAAUACAGUACGGAAUUAUUUUUAUAAAAUAUACAUAUUUUUCGCCCUUCAAUUUCAUAAGUUUAUCUCCAUUCUCUAUUAUUUUAUUAUUUGCCAAUUAAACACAUGCGUGAAACUUAUUUGUCUCCACGAUAAGUUUGUUGCAGUUCACGAUUUAUACAGGAAUGCGCGGAUUAAUAAUGUUGAUGAGAAUAAAUAAACGAAGCUGUCACGAUACAAUAUUGUUAACAAUGUUCCUAUUCUGCCCCUUCUCUGUAAUCUGUAUGUAUAUUAAAUAUUUUCUUUCUCUCA